UCCGGGCUGGUGAAGACACCCUUAGCAACAACACACAGUUGCGUCGAAUAAGAUACUCCAACCACAGAGAAGACGGAUUAAACACUGCAGCUUUGUUGCGCUGAAUACAGGUGAAGUCCGUCUGAGGAGAAGAUGCCCAGCUUGUUUUCGCAGUGAACAUGGGGCUUGAGUACAGCUAACGAGCUAGCCUGUUUUUGGCUAGCUACCCCCGAAGACGACCGAAGCUGCCCCAUCCUGUCCCGGAGGGGGACGGAAUCCUGGGGGGCUCAACGAGUGGUAGCGUCGCUGUUUGCUAACUACAAACUCACCGGGAAUAAGCACGGGAAUGGUGCUCUGGAUCGACUCACUGUACCGACAGAGAAAGGCGAGGGGCACACGGGUCAGACCACCAAGCUGUAAUAUUUGGACUCAAACUAUUUUUAACGGAGGGAGCGGCUCACGGGCGGACGACUGUUUUUGUGGCUGUGCGAGCUAGCUGGCUAGCUAGCAGAAGGAAACGACCCCCAUCCACUGCUCAGGUUUUUUCAACUGUAGCCAAGGCUAAGUUUGUGUGUGAAAGCAGCGCACUGAAUGCACAUUUCUGUGGUUUUUAGAGCAACGAUAAAUUACAGUAUACGCCGAGAGAAAAGCUGGCUGACCCAAGGAAAGAAUAAGUCAAGUUAGUUCAGUCCAAACCACAACUCAAGGCUACCUGGACUCACACCGACCACCGCAAACUUAUACAUGCUGUUAGCUACAGAGGCUACGUCAAAGUAGUUUGCCCUUUUGUUCUUUACCUGCUUAUUUGGAAGGUUUUUUCUUCACUUCGGAUGCUGGCAUCACGUAUUAAAUGCAAUCAUGAUGAUAAUAAGCAGGAAACCAGAGGGCCCAAUAUCAACAGCACGCCAUGGUGAUGGUCUCUACGACUCUUACAUGAGGACAGACCACAUUCUUAAAGACGAAGCAGAUACAAACAGUCCAUCUGGGCUGCCCCCUAUGCCCAAACACACAGUUGUCAGUAACAAGGGCGUAAUGAGGGAUCAGGUAACUGUGCGAGGUGGCCAACUGAAGGUCAAGUACCUUUACGAAGACUCGAGUAACAAUCGAAAGAUCAAUGCCAUAACCACGGCAACCACUCAGAAUAGUGGGACCACUGGUCAGACGUCCAGUAAACCUGCCCUGGUCUCCAGCCUGUCCAAGGAGCAUAGUGUAGACAGCACUGAAUCCAGUAAAGGCUCCAGCGACUCCUCUGGUCAGCACAGUGGAAGUGGCACCAAACUGUGUGGCCCUCUCACCCCUGACCAGGCUCUGAGACUGUACCGAUCUCAACUGACCACACUGGAGCAGACGGAGAUCCACACCUUCCCAGACAUCUACUUUGUGGGACCCAAUGCCAAGAAAAGGCCUGCUGUAGCUGGAGGCAACAACAACUGUGGCUACGAUGAUGAGCAGGGAGGAUACAUUCACGUUCCUCAUGAUCACCUUGCUUAUCGCUAUGAAUUUCUAAAGAUCAUUGGUAAAGGUAGCUUCGGUCAGGUAGCCAAAGUAUACGACCAUAAACUCCAACAACACCUGGCUCUGAAAAUGGUACGGAAUGAAAAGCGUUUCCACCGCCAAGCGCAGGAGGAGAUCCACAUCCUGGAGCACCUACGCAAGCAGGAUCGCAAUGGCACCAUGAAUGUUGUGCACAUGCUUGAAAACUUCACCUUCCGCAACCACAUCUGCAUGACAUUCGAGCUGCUGAGUAUGAACCUGUACGAGCUCAUCAAAAGAAACAAGUUUCAGGGCUUCAGUUUGCCACUGGUCAGGAAAUUUGCCCACUCCAUCCUGCAGUGUCUCGAGGCCUUGAGCAGACACCGAAUUAUCCACUGUGACCUCAAACCGGAAAACAUCCUGCUCAAACAGCAGGGACGCAGCGGCAUCAAGGUGAUUGACUUUGGCUCAAGCUGUUUUGAACACCAGCGCGUGUACACCUACAUCCAGUCUCGUUUCUAUCGGGCUCCGGAGGUGAUCCUUGGCUCGCGUUACGGCCUGCCUAUCGAUAUGUGGAGCUUCGGCUGCAUUCUGGCUGAGCUGCUGACCGGCUACCCACUGUUCCCCGGGGAGGACGAGGGUGACCAGCUGGCCUGUGUCAUGGAGCUGCUGGGCAUGCCUCCCCAAAAGGUUCUGGAGCAGGCCAAAAGGGCAAAGAACUUCAUCAACUCCAAGGGUCACCCCCGCUACUGUGGAGCCAACACACUGCCCACAGGGGCCACUGUGCUAACAGGGUCUCGCUCCCGCCGCGGCAAAAUGAGAGGUCCACCGGGCAGCAAAGAGUGGAGCGCUGCACUUAAGGGCUGCGAGGACCCCACCUUUACUGACUUCAUAAAGAAGUGCUUGGACUGGGACCCUUCGUCUCGCCUCACCCCCAGCCAGGCCCUCAGGCACCCUUGGCUGUAUCGCAGGAUGCCUAAACCCCUACCCGGGGCAGAGAAGAGCCAAGGGGCCACAGUGAAGCGGCUCCCUGAGCACCACAGCACCUCCUUCCCUUCGAUCAUGGCCAAAGGGGGGCCUGGCUUAGGAACCACAGCUGCCAACAACAAACUGAGGAGCAACAUGAUGGGUGAUUCAGGGGAGGCUAUACCUCUCCGCACAGUCCUACCCAAACUUGUCUCUUAGAGAGAGAGUCCUUUAAUCUCCUCUCUCACCCCACUCAGUUCUCCUCUGUACUCCUCAGGAGGAGUACAAGAGAGAGUGGAGUCUAGGUUUUAAAACUUGUUUGGUUGUUCUUUUAUUUGUUUUCUACUGAGAGGUGUCGACACCCCAGUUUCUUGUUUUUGAUAUUAGGUGAACCAAGAAAGACAAUAAAAGACACACUCAAAAGUUUUUAUACAGAGGAUUUUCAUGAGCGGCUGUGGAGUUUUCUGUAUACAGCCACAUUGAUAAGGUUUGAUUUAGGUAAUGCUUUUUAAAGAACUUCAUUGUGUGAGUGGACAGCUUCGUAAAUGAGCAACUGUUUAUAACCUGCGCGUGUUCUCACGUGAGUGAUGUGUUUUAGUCAGACACACUCAAGCACACCUGCACUGUCACUUGCCUCACUUGACACCCUUUCUUAACACUCGUAGGACACUGCCCUAAGUGUGGGACUACUCGUAUAUGAGUGAAACUUGAAAAGGGCUAAAGAGAUUACUCUCAUCAGGUCAGAGCUACCAAGAAAAGAUUCGCUCAGCCCGCAUGAUUUUGUAGAAAGAAUCCUGCUCUAGUGUUCAGGCCCUGCACACACUGACACUCUCAGAUACACAACACAAAUGCCUUUUACACAGGUAAUGAAGGAUUGGCAUUAUGUAGUGCUUAAUUGGGAAACAUUUUUUUUAGCAAUAAAUCCAAAUUUUUUUCUAAUUGCAAUUUUUUUUUUUUUUUUUUUUUCUACUUUUCCUGAUCCCUGGUGCUUGCAUGUGAGCUCAAUAUGUGACAUUAGUAUGUGUGUGUGCUUUAGCUUCGUGGUGCUACUGUGGGAGGGUAUAGGAUGACCUAUUACAGUACCCACCCCCUUUUCAACUCCAUUUAAAUGAGAGGAGGUGGGGGUGGGGAGGACAGUAGCUCUACUCCAACUCUGUCACCAAGGUGUCAUGGUACGAACGUCACAAGUUGGUUAAAGUGAGUUCACUGUGUCCGGCUGGCUCACAAAUACUGAUACAUACGACAGAAAUGCAGAGCUGCACGUUAUUGCACAUACACACCUGCGGGGAGAUUGCCAGGAAAGUUGCAGUUGGAAAGUAAAAGUUUGUACGAAUGUUACCUGCCUGUGCCUCUAAUGGGCAGCUGUGAGAGUUGGCAGUGGUGCAUUAAUCCUGAUGGAAGAAGUGCAAGGUGAGAAAGAUCAUGGGAUUAUAUGAAGGGCGAUGUGUUUAAUAUGAGCCAAGAUCUGUUUGUUUUUUUUCUCUGGGGGAGGUUUGGAGGAGAUUGGCCAGUGUAAAAGAUGGAGUUUUAUGGUACAGAAGAAAGAAAUGUUUCUCAGGGAGACAUACUUGAUACAUCCCUUAAUCCUAUAGUAGCUUUUAUCCACUCGCAGUCCUCUGUCCUGACUAUGGAUGAACAUGCAUGCAGUUCUGUCCACUGAGAGCAAGAGAAUGCAUUUAUGAGUGUGGCUGCAAAGGGGGUCUGCAUGCUCCUCAAUCUGACCUAGAUUCCCUCUCCUCCCCCACCAUCUCUCUCUCUCUCGUUUUCUCACUCUCAUGUAGGGCAGGAAACCUCUAUCAAACUCACACACAGUGAAUUAUGGUGCUGUCCAAAUGCACACAGACACGAACACACAAACACAUCAGGUGCAUGUUGUAUGGACCACACCGCUCAGAGUUCUUUCUCUCUUCCCUCAUUUUCUAAGUGAAGCUGUCAGGGAUUUGUACUCUGUCUCCAUUUUUUUAUAGAAGUGGUUUCUAUUGCAAUUCGCUCCAGAAUAUCAGAGGACGUAAAAAUGCAGAAGCGUAAAAAGAGAAAGUUGUAUACUGUCAUGUUGUACUAGUGGUGUGCGUUAGUAGGAGGGUGUUUGGUGUUCCAGCAUGAAAUCCAACCUGUUAUCAGACCGAGUGACUAUGAGAAGAGAAACUGUACAGUAACCAAAUGAAGUUGUGAUAGUUUCUUUUUCUAAAGAAAAUAAAAAUUAUUAUUAAAUGAA